CAGCCUAGCCCAUUUUCUAUCCGCUCUCCUCUCAGUGAUGAGAGUUCAACAGAUUCAGUCAGUGGUUGAUCUGCGCUAGGGUUGCUUCCAGCUUGAACCUUCCUAUAUGCUUCCAUUUUGUUGAUCUUCAAUCUCGAUUUUCAAUUUCUCCAGCUCAAUUUUUAUCUAUAGAACAAGAAAAAGUGUAUAAUUUUGGAAAGACAAGAAAAGAAAACUAGAUGAUGUCUGGAAAUGCUUUAGUCCAUGUAUCAACAAAUUCUACUGUUUUCCCCAUCAUACCCAGUAGAAGAAAUGUGUUGGGUGAUCGUUUUCUGUGUAUAAAAUCACCAAUCAGGCCUAAAAAUCGAACCUUUAGUGUGAAAGCAAUGUCUGCAAAUACGGGUCAUAGUCAAGAACAAGAGCAACAACCCGAGUCAUCUUCCGACCAGAAAGGUCCACUUUCUGUUAUUUUAGAUGUUCCCAGGAAUAUUUGGAAGCGAACUAUGCGUCCAUUGAGUGAUUUUGGGUUUGGUAAAAGGAGCAUCUGGGAAGGUGGGGUUGGGUUGUUUAUCGUUUCGGGUACUGUGUUGUUGGCACUCAGCUUAGCUUGGUUGAGAGGGUUUCAGCUGCGGUCUAGGUUUAGGAAGUAUUUAGCUGUGCUUGAGUUUGAGCAGGCUUGUGGCAUCUGCACUGGCACACCUGUUAGAAUCAGAGGAGUAAGUAUUGGUAAUGUGAUUCGAGUCAAUCCUUCCUUGAGAAAUGUUGAAGCUGUUGUUGAGGUUGAAGAUGAUAAGAUCAUUAUUCCUCGAAACUCGUUAGUUGAGGUGAACCAGUCUGGUCUUAUCAUGGAAACCAUGAUUGAUAUCACACCUCGAGAUCCAAUCCCAAUACCUUCUGCAGGGCCCCUGGAUCCGGAUUGUGUUAAGGAGGGUCUGAUAAUUUGCGACAGGCAAAAGAUUAAAGGACAACAAGGGGUUAGUCUAGAUGCAUUGGUUGGAAUAUUCACACGUCUUGGCCGUGAAGCAGAAGAAAUUGGUUUGGCGAAUACCUAUGCUUUGGCUGAGAGAGCUCUAAAUGUUAUUGAGGAGGCGCGACCGCUGCUUACAAAGAUUAAAGCCAUGGCUGAGGAUGUCCAACCUAUGCUAGCUGAUGUUCGUGAUAGUGGCUUACUGAAGGAAGUUGAGAGUUUAACCCGAAGUCUGGCACUAACAUCUGAAGAUAUAAGGAGAGUGCACUCCACGGUCAUGACUCCUGAGAACACCGAAUUGAUACGGAAGUCUAUUUAUACGCUGGUCUUCACUUUGAAGAAUGUUGAGAGCAUUAGCUCCGACAUUUUGGGAUUCACUGGCGAUGAAGCUACUAGGCGCAAUUUGAAAAUGCUUAUCAAAUCGCUAAGCAGGCUAUUGUAAAGUUGAUUAAUGUCUUGCAAUACUACUAGCCUGAGAGAGGUUCCAAAGAGGAGAGGUUGUUCUGUUUGGCAUUGACAAGAGUCCUUGGGCUAUGGAUUAUAGGUUUUCUGCUAAUCCAAAAGGAUUUCAAGGUGUGAAAGCUUCCCUCUUCACCUUUGUUCUGUGUUAGAAAUUGCAAUAUAAAUGUCAUUAGAAGAUGGUUUCACUAAUAUGAAUUUUGAUUGUUUGGUCACUUUCUCUUUUGAGUUUCCUAAUAUCAGCACCUCAUGUUUUCAUAAGUUAUUUGUGUGUUAA